GUUUUUAAGUUUUAUAGUUAGAAAGACAUAAAGAGUAACUACUCUUUUAUAAUGAUAGAAGAAAAUAACAAUUUGGAAUUUUCAAUGCAUAUGGAAAAAAAUCGCAAAGCAACAUUUGUAGAUUGGCCAUAUGAUGAUGAAAGCUGUUUGUGCAAUUCAAAGAACAUGGCUGAAGCCGGUUUUUUUCGAUUAAAAUCAGAAAAUGAACCUGACCUUGUUAAAUGUUUUGUUUGUCUGAAGCAGCUUGAUGGAUGGGAACCAGAAGAUGAUCCAUGGAAAGAGCAUAAGUACCAUUCUUCAAAAUGUGCUUUUAUAAAACUAAAUAAAAAAGAAUGUGAUUGGACCAUGGAUGAUUUUCUGAAAAUAGAAGCAGAGAGGCAGAAGUCCAGAGUGAGAUUUCACAUUGAACAGCAAAUUGAGCAUUAUAAACAGGAAGCUGUUAAAUCAAGAGAGUUUAUUGAGAAAAUCAUUUAAUCAAAGUCUUAGUUUGUGAAAUUACAUGCCUAAUUUUUUUUGUUUUCAUGUUUCUUCUCAUUUUGUUAAUAUUUUGUUUAACAAUAGCAAAAUAAUGUAACUUGUUAUUUUUUUACACAUGUAUUUUAGAAAACCUUGUGUUUGACAAUUAAAUAUUAAAAUUAGCAUGUUUAAUAUAA